UAAUCUCUCAACAUCCUUCUCUCGCUUCUGCUUGUGAUAUCAACUUUCUUGUACCCUCCGACUCUGCCGUGUUCGAGCAGCAUGUGGUCCAUAAGAUUGACAGCCAUGUGAUGUUUAAAACACAUAUUUUCUCGCCUCAAUGUCCUUAAUGGUUACAAGAGCAUCUAUCCUGGGCUGUUAAGUAACGUACAUCGGUGUUGAAAAGUACUCCAUGUUCUGACAUCAAUCAAAUUGACUGGGUAUCACAAGAAGGGGCGGAAAUGGUGUAAAUAUCAGAGAGGAGGAUUUACUGGCAGAUCACUUCGCUGCUAAAAUCCAAGAACAGCUACUGUAGAUGUGCCAUAACACUUGCUGCCGUGAAGGAGAGACCAUUUUGGCUUACAGCUGAAAACUGUAAUACCAGUUAGGUAUCAGGAGUGAUUAAGAGCUCAUGGUCAUGCAGUCUUUAAAUCUUUCCUGGAUUCAUGAGGGUUUAAUUAUAGAAAACAGUAAUUGAUCAGUUAUUAAAUAGUACAUUAAUGAAUGAGUGGAUUUCCAGGUGAAGUUUGUUAUGAAUAUGAAAAUUAUGAAUAGUUUGAACCACUGUUCAUUUUUGGAUAAUUGGACAAUACUGCUUACGAGUAACUGAGUAUUUUCUGGGAAAACAACAUGACUUUGGCAGUUAUAGACUGAAGAUCAAGUGGUCAAGACGGUCUCAAGUGUCAGUUUCAGAUUAAUGCCUUAGUUCAGCCUUUUAUAGAGAUUUGAUAUUCUAGAAGUUAUUUGUCACAUCUUUCCAAGUCCCCAAAAUAAAUUGCUUGGUCUCUGGCAAAGGAGAAGGGUCGAGUCAAGUGCUGGGCUCAGUUUUGGUUGUGACAACCUGUCAUGUCAACGUGCAUGCUGCUCCUGUUGCUUUUACUCACUUGGGCAGCCUGUGCUCUCAGUGACUCCCCCCACAAGCUGUGUGAAUACCCACUCUGAAUGGACCCUACAUUUACCUGCCUGCCAUUUGGACUUGGACUCUGCAGGAUCCAGAUCUGAUGCAUGGAGUAAAGACUUGCAACAAUCUAAGUUCAAGCUGAGAAGUAAUUCCGUGAUGCAUCUGGAAAACUCUGAGCAAAGUAAAAUCUCAGGAGAAGGGGAGUUGUCUACUGAAGUCAUGCUUGCUGAAAAAUGCCAGGAUCCCAAAUUAAUGGAAGCUGCAGAUUUAAGCAGCCAUUCAAAGGGAAGUGCUGAAGUGCUCGGCAUUAAUGUCCUUGUGGAAUAUACCGAGCAGACUGUUGUCAGCAGAGAGAUUGAGCCUUCUGUCCUUUGUGAGGAACAUUGCAGCAUGAAUAGAGAUGAGACUGACUAUUGCAAUGGACACUCCAAGAGCUUUGAGCAAUACUCAGCAAGCGAUGGAUUUUUUGAAUCCGACCAAAUCGUUGAUAAGUGUGAAAUCUCUGGGUUAAGCCAACCAUUCGAUGAAUGUGGCCAACACUGUGAGUGUUUUAAACCUUGUAAGUCCUCUGAGCACUGCGCUAAUCAUAGCUUAGCUUCCAUAUGUAGGUCUUGCUGUGAACAUUGUACAGAACACCUCCAAUUAUUUCAGCAAUGUCAGCCCUGUGAUCAACAGUUUGACUUUGAGACAGAUAAAUUGGCAGUGAACUGUGACAGUUUGGAGCAGUGUGAAAUGUCUGAUUUCACUCCAGAAUGCGCUGAUCACUUUGAGUUACUGCAACAAUACGAGCCCUCAGAUCAGCAGCACGAGUGCUUUGACUCUGAGCCAGACGCAUCAACAGAGGACUCUGAGCAAUGUGAAAUGACAGGUUCCACGCCACACAUGUGUGAUUCAGUGGACUUCUUGGACUGUGGCGCUGAACUCUGCGAGUGUGAUGACGUUCAAAAUCAAGCUGAAUGCACUGAUGAAGAAGAUGACGACAGCUAUCCACCUGAACAAGAGGACGAGCAAAAUGAGACGGACCCGACUGAUGAAGAGGAUGCAAAUUCCUCACACUUCGACACAAGUGCUCAGGUUUAUUUUGAUGACAGUGAAGAUGUCCCCUUUGCUAGUGAAGGCUGCGAGACACACCAGCUCACUGAAGAAGACUGUCACCAAGCUCACAUGUUCGAAGAUCACUGUGAAAUGUAUGAAGCUGAUUACUCUGAGGUAAGCGAAGAGUAUGAACCAAGUCAACAAUGUGCUGCUUCAGAGCAGUGCAACUCAGACAAGACCUCCGAGUUUUUCACUGAAGAAGACGGCUCCUCAGUUUGCUCUUCUAUUGAAACCAAAUCCUUUAAGACUUGUCCUGAUGGCAGCAUUCCUUCAGAUCCCUGCUCUGAUUCAUCCGGGGAAUCUGAAAAAGGAGCUCAGGAAGAUUCAAGCGAUGAGCAGACGCAGUGGGAAUCUUUCGAAGAUGAUGAAGAAAUAGAGCAAAGUAAUAUUAAUGGAAAUAGUGUGGAUAAAAAUAAAAUGCCCACUGUUGAUGUUGUUAUUGAAGAUUACUUUGAUCUAUUUGACAGAGCUGACUAUUAUGGACAUGCGUUUGCACGAAAGCAGCAUUACAUCUCCUGCUUUGAUGGGGGAGAUAUCCAUGACUGCUUGUAUCUUGAAGAACUUCAUUCUCAGGCACAGAAACUUGUCAAAAAUGCAUACAAACCCAAAGAAAACAAUGAGGAAACUCAUGUACAGGAAAUUGAUACAUGUUUUGAAGCCCACGAAGAAGCAUUUGAAGAAACUUCUGAGGAACAUGCAAGUCAGAGAGAUGAUGCCUCUUCUGGGUCAUGUGAGUCAGAGAAGCAAGCCGAUGACUGGAUUGUAGAAUCAGAAUCAAGUUUAGCAGAGGAUGAAGCUGAAGAAAAUGAAUCAGAAGCUGAUGCCCUUUACGCAAAGAGCUGUGAGAAAGCAGAGGAAGAAGCUUAUGAUUUUGAUGGCCAUGUUUCAGAAAUCUGUGAAGAAGAUGCUGAGGUCUGCCUGUUCUCUGGUCAUGGAGAGAAUAUGUGUGCACCAUGUGCAGAUGACAUUUCUGUUGAAGGUGAUGCCUAUGAAGACGAAGGCACCGAUGGUCAGAAUUAUGAAUCUCUUGGUACCCCUGCCAUUGGUCAGUUACAGACAGCUGUUACUGAUUACAAAAAGGAGAACAAAGAUGAAUCUGAAGGCACAGAUUUUAUUUCAUGUUCAGAAAUGGAGCCAUACUGGGCACUUGUAGAUCUUGAGGAAAAUGGAGAGAUGUUAGAGCCAGGUGUUGAGGAAUACUAUGCCUAUCAGCUUAAAAGCAGUCAGUCAUCUGUUAAACAAACCCUGAGCGGAUAUACUCAGGAAGAAAGAUCAUACCAUCAGAUAAGUCACGGAAAAGCUAAUGAAGAUGCUUCUGGGAAUGAAAGGAAUGCUCUUUCAUCAUUGAAACAGACUGAGUCAGAGGCACAUGCACAGAGGCGUCCAGAGGAGUGCAAAGCAGUCAGAUUUGGGAGUACUGAAGUCAUUGAACUGAGUGAGGAUUUGUCUAACUGCUCAGUUGUGGAAAGGACAACCAACGAACAAAUUCCAGAAUCAGAUGUCGGCUCUGAAUUCAGUGAAAUAUCAAGAGAAUUAAAUAUUAUUCACAGUGUUGUCUCAGAACUUGCAAAAAAUGAGGGAAAGGAUGCACACAAUAAGGCCUCUGAACAAAGCAGGGAUGCGGAAGAGGAGCAGAGUGAUGAUGAAUCCUUUGAGCCGUGUGAAUGCGAGUACUGCAUUCCACCAAUAGAGCAGGCUCCAGCCAAGCCUCUCCUCCCACGCAUAAAAUCGAACGAUGCAGGGAAGAUCUGUGUUGUCAUUGAUUUGGAUGAAACAUUAGUGCAUAGUUCAUUUAAGCCGGUGAACAAUGCCGAUUUUAUCAUUCCAGUGGAAAUCGAUGGAACAGUUCACCAGGUGUAUGUGUUGAAGAGGCCCCACGUUGACGAAUUCCUCAAGAGGAUGGGAGAAUUGUUCGAGUGUGUUUUGUUCACCGCAAGCUUAUCCAAGUACGCAGAUCCUGUGUCGGACCUGUUGGACAAGUGGGGCGCCUUCAGGAGCCGUCUGUUCCGGGAGUCGUGUGUCUUCCACAAAGGGAACUACGUAAAAGACCUGAGUCGUUUAGGAAGAGACCUGAAUAAGGUCAUCAUCAUCGACAACUCCCCAGCGUCUUACAUCUUCCAUCCGGACAAUGCAGUUCCUGUAGCGUCCUGGUUUGACGACAUGUCAGACACCGAGCUCCUCGAUCUCAUACCCUUCUUUGAGAGACUAAGCAAAGUGGAUGACAUCUAUGAUUUUCUCACACAGCAGAGGACUUCAAGUUAACAGCAGGCAGGACACUAGGAUGAAAAUAAUCGCCAGCAGCUGUCGUCACGGGGCCACGGAGGCUGGUGGGCCACAGGCUCCACGCUGCCUCCGACUACAAGGACCACACUGCAAAAAUAUGCCUGUCAUUCAAUCUCGUGUUCUUACUAUAAUGAGCCAAAAAAAAGUUGAAGAAAUCUUCCGUCCGGGUUUGAUACUUCAGUACUGAAAAGGCCAUUUAAGCAACAACAGUAUCUGAUCCCAGCGACACAUUUUCUUCCUUUUUUGAUUGUGGUAAUGCUACAUAGAGACUGAAUAUGAGAUUCAGUGACGUCUGUAGAAAUCUUUUGCAGUGCAGCUAGUGUGUCGUUGCUGUCAUUAUGUGACUGCGGUGACUUUUGUAAGUGUGCUGUUAACUAAGAUUGUGUGAACAGUUUAUUCAGUGCCGUUUCACAAACGAACCACAUCAGUCAUUCUCAUGUCAGUACCAUGUAGCAUUUGUAUUAGUAUUCAAAGCUUCACACAAAACAAACGACUUUCCCUUAAAUCCUGUUAAUGUUAUUUUUUUGAACAGCCAAAUGUGUACGUAUUAAAAGACAAUCGUUAACUUUAGAGAAUCUAGGUUUAACAAUUGAUUUAACAUGUUGGGACACAUUUCACUACAAAACACAUUUGUGGCCUGCUCAAAUGCUGUGCACUCGCUGUUUGUCUUCGAAAGCUCGGAGCACACUGUGGCAGGCAUUUGGCUGCAAAGUUACAAUAAUUACUUCAGCUUUUCCAUUUAAAUUGGAAAGCGACUGAGCAGUUGUCACGGGAAACCGUAUCCUAUAGUCUGCUGUCAUUACAGGUGACUGAAAAGAACGAUUAUUUAUAUGAAGUAAUUGCCUUACAGGUUAUCUUAUUCCCUGUCUAGUCGCAAAACACCGUAAUCUUAUUAAUUGUUAGUUUGCUUACCAACAAAUCCUGAACGAGCUAAUCAUUAGACAGAUUAAGUCUGGAUCUUCUGUUCAGAUCUAGAUUAGCAUUAAGAGAACAGACUGCACACACGUUGGACCUUUCACACCACUGCAGAAAUGGUGAGAUUACUUUUGUACAUAGAGUAUAUCAGGAUUUUAGACAUUUUGAUUUGGUUUUAAUGUUACUUUAAUAUUAUUUUAUCUUUUUGAGAUUUUAGUUGAAUUGGCUGCAGUGUGCGGCUUGUCAAUGAUGCAGUACUGUCUGUGUGUGCUGUUGGAGGAAGAGGAGGAGGCUGAAUCCUGCUAUGGCGGCUUCAGUAAGUCAGACGUUUGAUUUGAAAGCACACUGUGAUGCCUCCUUUUGGUAAACUUGAAUCCGAGCUUUUUCACAUAAGACAUUAAGUGUACUGCCUUGUCGACCUGUGUGUACGCUUUCAUAUGGGAAACUUGUGCCAGACAUGUUGGAGCCCUGAUUGACUUUGCCUCAGUGUGGAGCGACUGUGUGUGUGUGUGUGUGUGUGUGUCUGUUUCAGUGUGAUUGUGUCAGUGUGAGUAUUUACAUUGGUUUAAGAUUUUAUUGAGGGAAAAAACAGAUUGCUUUCACAACAUUUGAAAAACCGUAACCGAUUUAACUUUUUUACUGUAUGCAAAAAAGAGUAUUAAGGUUGUGACUCAAGUAAAGAAACUGGUUCAAGUUUAGUUUUUGAAUUGCUGCUGAUAAAUGUUAUGAUUGACAAAAAAGACAACCGGAGAUAUUUUUACCUUGCAUCAAUAAAGCAUGUUUUAGUGAGACAA